AUGGCGACCCCAUUCCUUAUCUCCUACGACCCCUCCUCCCCCACCUCCGGCUCCGGACUCUCGCUCAAGCAAAUCGCCUACUUCGGUCGUGUACUGGUCAAGGUCUCGACUCUCGCCCAAGCUAAAGAAUUCUUGCGCCAGAACUUCCGCGCCCUUGAUGUCUUCGUUAACGCAACCGAGAUUUCCUCCUCCGGCGAUCUCGUCGAUAUCCUCAAUGCCGGUGCCGCCAAGAUCUUGAUCACCUUGGAUCAAUUGACCGCCCUCUCCGAAGAACAAUCGGUGCCCUCAUCCCGUUUGCUCGUCAAUGCCCUCUCGGACUCUCAAUUGGACGCUUUCCAGCAAUGGAUCUCCGUCAAUGCCGAGCGCAGCGAGGCUAGCGUCUGCACUGCACCCGCCUCCGUUUCCGCCGCCGCCGAGAAAUUGAAGAUCAGCUCAGAUUCCCCACGACUCUUCACAACCUUUGGCACCGGGACGGUAUCAGAGGAUGCAAUUACGCAGGUUACACAGCAGGGUGCGAUUGCCAUCAUUCCCUCGCAGGCGUUGACCGUUGAGCGGGAUGUGGCUGGCCAGAUCUCCGCCGCUAAGCUUAUCGCGUCGCGGGCUGUCACCGACCAGGCCAAUGGCUUGUACGCCACUUCCGUUACUGAUGAGCGAGGCGUUUGUCUCGGUUUUGUUUGGAGCAGCGACGAGAGCAUUGUCGAGGCUUUGCGUACUGGCACCGGUGUUUACCAAAGUCGGAAGCGCGGACUGUGGUACAAGGGCCAGUCCAGCGGUGAUACGCAGGAGCUGAUUCGCAUUGGCUUUGAUUGUGAUGCCGACUGCUUGGUCUUUGUUGUCAAGCAAACUGGACGUGGCUUCUGCCACCUCGGUACUGAGACCUGCUUCGGCGCAUCUACCGGUCUGUCUCAUCUCCAGAAGACCUUGGACGCCCGCAAGGCGGAUGCCCCAGCUGGCUCAUACACUGCGCGUCUCUUCAAUGAACCCAAGCUUAUUGAUGCUAAGAUCAUGGAGGAGGCUGAUGAAUUGUGCCGUGCGGAAACCAAAGAGGAGAUUGCUUUCGAGGCCGCAGAUCUGCUUUACUUUGCCCUGACUAAGUGCACUGCUGCUGGUGUCAGUUUGGCUGAUAUCGAGCGGAACCUUGACCUUAAGAGCUUGAAGGUCAAGCGGAGAAAGGGUGACGCGAAGGGACCCUGGGCUGAGAAGGCUGGGCUGGCCAAGCCCGAGUCUAAGCCUGCCCCUGCUCCUGUCUCAGCACCCGCUCCGGUUGAGGACCGUACAUCUCGCAUUGAGAUGAAGCGUGUGAUUACCGCAUCUACUACUCCCCAGGUGGUCACGGAUUACCUCAAGCGUCCCUCCCAAAAGUCCAACGAAGCCAUUGUCAACCUCGUGAAGCCAAUCAUCCAGGACGUCCGUGAUGGCGGCGACGCCGCAGUGCUCAAGUACACCCACAAGUUUGAGAAUGCUACCUCGCUCACCUCCCCCGUUAUCCACGCGCCUUUCCCCGCUGAACUCAUGAAGCUCUCCCCCGACGUCCAGGAGGCAAUCGAUAUCAGCAUUGGUAACAUUGACCGUUUCCACUCCGCCCAGAAGGGAAGCAAUGAUACUCUUCAGAUGGAGACCAUGCCUGGUGUGGUCUGCUCUCGUUUCUCGCGCCCUAUUGAGCGCGUUGGUCUGUACAUCCCCGGCGGUACCGCUGUGCUGCCCUCCACUGCCAUGAUGCUUGGUGUUCCCGCCAUGGUGGCAGGCUGCAAAAAGAUUGUUCUAGCCUCUCCUCCCCGCUCAGACGGCAGCAUCUCCCCCGAAAUCGUCUACGUGGCCCACAAGGUCGGUGCUGAGAGCAUUGUCCUGGCCGGUGGCGCCCAGGCCGUCGCUGCCAUGGCCUACGGUACCGAGAGCAUCACCAAGGUCGACAAGAUCCUUGGUCCUGGUAACCAGUUUGUGACCGCCGCGAAGAUGUUCGUGUCCAACGAUACCUCCGCAGGCGUCAGCAUCGACAUGCCCGCCGGUCCCAGUGAAGUCCUCGUUAUUGCCGACAAGACCGCCAACCCGGCCUUUGUCGCAUCCGAUCUUCUCAGCCAGGCCGAACACGGCGUCGACUCGCAGGUUAUCCUCAUCGCCGUCGACCUGAGCGAGACUGAGCUGCGCGCCAUCGAAGACGAAGUUGAUUCCCAGGCCAAGGCUCUGCCCCGCAUGGACAUCGUCCGCGGCUCCCUCGCACACUCCGUCACCUUCGUCGUGCGCGACAUCGACGAGGCCAUGACCCUCAGCAACGACUACGCUCCCGAGCACCUGAUCCUGCAAGUGCAGAACCCCGAGUCUGUGGUCGAUCAGGUUCAGCAUGCCGGUAGUGUCUUCAUCGGACCCUGGACUCCCGAGAGUGUUGGCGAUUACUCUGCCGGAGUCAACCACUCGCUACCUACCUACGGUUACGCCAAGCAGUACUCCGGCGUCAACCUCGGUUCGUUCCUAAAGCACAUCACUAGCUCGAACCUGACCGCGGAUGGCCUGCUCGGUCUCGCCAAGACCGUUGAGACCCUCGCCGCUGUGGAGGGUCUGGAGGCACACAAGCGUGCCGUUAGCAUCCGUGUUGCCCACAUGCAGAAGAACCAGUCAUAG